GAGAAAGUUUGAGAGAGAUCAGAAGAAGAAGAUAUAUGGAAACAGAAGCAAAUUGACAUGGAGAAGGAGGGAAGAGAGAGGGAGAACAAGAUACAGAGAAAGAUAGAAGAGAUACACAGACGACAACAAGAGGAGCGACAGAAACAAAUGGAGAAAGAGAAAGAAAGGGAGAAAGACAAUGAGAAUCAGGGAGAGAUGGAAUUAAAAGAUCAGCAACAGAAAAAGAUGGAGAAAGAAAAUAUGAUUAUGAGAGAGAGGGAGGAAGCAGGAAGAAGAAAUGAGGGGCAGAAUGAACUGGAGAUAGAACAGGAGAGAGAGAUGGAAGAAAAGCAGGAAGUGAUUAUUAAGAAAGCAGAGGAAGAGUACAUGGAAAGAGAAGAGAGAGGAAAGGAAGUAAGCAUGAAGAAAGAUGUAGUAGUUAAUGUUAAAGCUAAAGCACGGGAAGUCUUCAAUAGACGUAAAGAGAGGAGGUUAGAAGUGUUGAAGGGGGAACGAGAACACAUAGAAAGAGGACAACAAAUCAGGAGGGAGAAGGAGGAAAGACGGCUGGAGAUGGAAAGAAAACAGGAGAGGGCAAGACAACAAGAGGAGCAGGAUAAAAAACGAGAGAUUGGAAUUGCCAGACAGAAAGAAAUGUUCAGACUAAGAGAGGAGGAGAGGCAGAGAGAGGAAAAGAGAGAGGAGGAGAGAAAGAGAGCCAUUGAAGGCCAUUUAGCUUUAAUCAGAGAGAGAGAGAACAUCAUAAAGGCAAACAUAAGAGAGGAGAUGUCAGAAGAGGAAAGAAGAGAGAUCCCUGGGAAUUACAAGAUGGGUGAGACAGAGAACAGUGAAGAGGAGGAGGAGAAAGAAGAUGACAAGGAGGACAUUCUCCCACCUGAUAAAAGUAGCCGAAGGAGAGCUGUGGACUGGGUGAAUAAGAAGUGGGAGAAGAGGAACCUCAAAAAGAUCGAGAGAACGUAUCAGAGAGAGGCUGAGGAGGGCUAUAAGAUCGUCCACAUAGCCAUCCCUGGACACACAAGGCUAACAUCCACCAUGACCCGGGCAGAGAGAGAGGGAGAAGAGGAAGGAGCUGCUGAAGGAUGAGGAGAGAAGGAAGAAGUUGGAGGAUUUCAAUAAGCAGUGGAGAGAGCAGUCCCUGCUUAAAAAAAGGACUCAUCAGAAACUGAAGGAGGAGAGGGAGAGAGAGAGGAUAAAGGAAAAGUACCUGGAGCAGAUGAAUCUGGAGGCUGAUGCUCAAAUCAACACCCGGUGUCCAACCACCCAACACAGCCACGAUUCCAACCACGGUCAGGCAUUGCCGGGAUGGGCCACAGGCCAACAGGUAAGCCAAGAGCCUGUUGGAUCUGGAGAUGGCCAGCAGGAGGGGCCAAGGAGGCAGCAGGCAUGGGCAGAGAACCAGGAGUGGAGUUCAGAGAACCAGCAGGAGUGGAGUUCAGAGAACCAGCAGGAGUGGCCAGAGAACCAGCAGGAGUGGCCAGAGAACCAGCAGGAGUGGC